CUCCUCGGCGCCGCUGGGGCUGUUCCGCGGUCUGAAGUCCGCGGAGAACUCUGCGCGGUGGUGCUGCACGCGCAGGGCGCGCGGCUGGCCGAGCUGGCCGGCGCGUGCGAGGCCGCCGCCGCCGAGGAGGCGUGCCGCGCGGCCGCAGCCUGGGUGCUGAGCGCGGGCGACUGGCAGGCAGCCGUGGACCUGUGGCGGCGCUUCCAAGGGCUGGCCCCAGACGAGCCCGCCGCCCCUCUGACCUUUAAGGUCACCUGCCGACGGAAGGGCGCGCGCUUUGCGCGCGUCUCCUCGCAGGCGCUCGCCGUGACGCUGGCCUCGUGGUUGGCCAGGCAGAUGGGCUGGAGCGCCAAGGUGAGAGCGCCGGACCUCGAGGUGCGGGUGCUGCUGGGGGACACGGACCUGCUCGUCGACCUGCCGCUGCUCUACCAGGCCGCCGUGCGGGUGGGCGGCGGCGAGAUCGUGGAAGCGGGGAUGUCUCAGCACGUCGCGUGGGCGCUCGCGAGGAGCGCGGAGCUGAUGCCUGGGGAGCUGGUGCUGGACCCGAUGUGCGGCAGGGGCGUGACCCUGGUGGAGGCCGCGCUGAGCUGGCCCUCCUGCCGGUACGUGGGCGUGGACAACGACGCAGAACAGCUGCAG